AUGGACGUAUUUUCGCCGCGGAGGCCAGGCGAUGUCCAGAUGCUGGAGUAUUGCAGGGGGCGGCGCAUGGUAACGGGGGAGACGAAGCUGAAGAAGUUCUGCUGCACAGUACCGCAAGGACAGGUACGCAGGCUGGAUUAUGGAGAGCAGAACCAAGCCUCCGAGGAGAGCCCAGAGGAUAGCAGCAUUCCAGUUCAUGAUGCCCCACAGCAACAGGAAAGCCUAUAUCAGCAGCUUGUGUCUGGGCCUUGCUCUGUUUACUGUGUUGGAGUGGUUGCCAUGGCAGCACUGCUGUUUGUGUACCUGCCCCGGGCCAUGGACACAGAGGGACUCUUUCAGCAGGACGUGUCCAGCCAAACAUCUCCUGAGGACUUUGUCUCAGAGCUGCAGCAGCUGAAGAAGCAGCUCAGAGCCACAGAACUAAAGUUACAGCAGGAGGCCAAAGACUUUGGAGAGAUGCGGAUCCUCUUCAACUCUGCUGUGUCUGACAAGGUCACUCUGAGGCAGGAGCUCACCUCUGCUGAGAAGACCAUUGUAAAACAGAAGAAGAGACUGGAGGAGCAGGACGCUGUGAUAUGUGAUCUGCAGCUGAAGACGAGUGACCACAACUGUGGACGAGCCUGCAGCAGGAGCCGCUCUAAAGCAGCUUCCAUCCAGACAACAGCCCAAGAGAAGGAGCUCAACGAGAUGAUUUCACAGGAGGAGGUCUUCUGCCUCAUCAUAAAGAAAGAGCGCAUUCUGAAAGCUCUGGGGAGGUCUGAGGAGCAGCAUGGACACAGGCCACAGAGACCAGCAGGAGUAGGGGACCAGAGGGGAGCGUCCAGGCGCUGUCAACACUAA